AUGUCGACCAACCCAAACCAACAGGUGUUAGAUGCCAUAGCAGCAUUAGAAAUCAGAUUAGGAGCAAGAAUCACUGACCUUGAAACUAGGCUGAACACUCGCUUGACUAUGGCUGAAAAUUCAAUCACCAACCUCCAAGUGACUCACAACGAUGGAGAAUCUGAACUUGGUGAGAUUGAACCGUCCCGCCCCAGAGGCCUUGGGCCACAACACCAAAGGGACUAUCUAAGAGCACGUGAGACACCAGAUGAGCAUGUAAUGCGCAGUAUAAAGAUCGAUGCACCAAGUUAUGAUGGUCGUCUUGACCCAAAAGUCUUCAUCGAUUGGCUCGCUGAUAUGGACCAUUACUUUGAAUGGUAUAGCUUGUCUGACGAUCGCAGAGUUCGUUUUGCAAAAAUGAAGCUCAUUGGUCCUGCAAAAUUACAUUGGAACACAAUAGAAAAUAUGCUUGCUAGAGCUAGACAACCCCCUGUGGUACAUUGGGAUGAAAUGAAGGAGAAGUUAAAGGAAAAAUAUCUCCCAACAUCCUUUAAGAGUCGCCUGUUAGAUCAGUGGCAACGACUGAUUCAAGGAAACAAACCUGUGUCUGAGUACAUCGCUCGCUUUGAUGAGUUUUUCAUACGAUGUGAUGCACGUGAAAGUGUGGAAUUGACCCUUUCUAGGUUUAGGUCCGGAUUGCGAGAUGAUUUACAAAAAGAGCUUAUUCUGCGUGAGGUCAAUUCAUUAGAACAUGCUUAUCAACUUGUCCAAGACAUUGAGCGUUAUACUAAUAAGACAACCUUUAGGCGAUUUGAUCUUAAGGAGACCAAUUAUAAGAACACCCACGGUAGUCAAAUUAAUACUUGGAGUAAGCCCAAUAUCAGAAAUCAAACGACCGAGUCCCCAAAAAUUAAUGAUCAAAAGAGUAAGGGAAUUUUAAGUGAACCACCCAAAAUUUCUCGAGAUCAGUGUUACAGAUGUUUUGGUUUUGGGCAUAGAGCUAGUCAAUGUCCCACUAAGAAAACAUUAGUCAUCGAAGAAGAUAGAAAUGAUGAAGAGAAUGAGUUGGUCCAUGAGCCAGAGAUAGACCCUGAAGAGUCAGAUGAAGGUGAGGAACCGGACUUUCUUGAGGGUUCCACUCCUUUAGGCAUAGUCAGGUGUGUCCUUACACAACCAAAGCGAGAAGAUGAUGACUGGAGGCGUCGAUCCAUAUUUCACACCUAUAUCAAAUGUGGCGAAUAUAGCUGUAAGGUUAUCAUCGACAGUGGGAGUUGUGUCAAUGUUGUAUCCACAAGAACUGUCAAGAAGCUACAGUUAAAGACAGUGCCUCACCCUAACCCUUAUAAUGUGUCUUGGGUGGAUAAAACCGUUAUACCAGUCACUGAGCGUUGUCUAGUCCAAAUCAACUUUUCUGAAUAUAAUGAUAAGGUCUGGUGUGAUGUUAUUCCCAUGGACGUUGGACACAUCAUCCUUGGUCGACCAUGGCUUUAUGACUUGGAUGUGACCAUUUAUGGCAAAUCCAAUUCCUGUUCUUUUGUUCACCAAGGAAAGAAAAUUCGACUAAACCCUCUACCACCUAGACCUUCUAAUGCUGGAAAGAAGGAUGUGAAGGUUGAAAGGCGCCUUCAAAUCAUUAGCCCUAAGGAAUUUGAGAAAGCAGCAUCCCAAGGAUCCGUAGUCCUUGUGUUAGUGUCCAAAGAAGUUGUUCCUGAUUUUCAAAUAGAUUUUCCGAAGGAAGUUCAUCAUGUUCUGGAAGAAUUUAAGGAUCUCUUUCCUGAGGACCUUUCUGAUGAGCUUCCCCCUAUGCGUGACAUUCAGCACGCCAUAGACUUGGUUCCAGGGGCGACUCUCCCGAACUUGCCUCAUUAUAGUCUAAAUCCGAUUGAACACGCUGAAUUGAAACGGCAAGUUGAUGAACUACUCCAAAAAGGGUUCAUCCGAGAAAGUCUUAGCCCGUGUGCGGUGCCGGCGCUUCUAACGCCCAAAAAAGACGGCAUUUGGAGAAUGUGUGUGGAUAGCAGGGCAAUUAAUAAGAUAACGGUUAAAUAUCGGUUUCCAAUACCACGAUUGGAUGACAUGCUUGAUAUGAUGGCAGGUGCCACUAUCUUUUCCAAAAUUGACCUUAAGAGUGGUUACCACCAAAUCCGUAUCCGCCCAGGUGAUGAAUAG